AACAGUCAGCGGACAGCAGAAAAACGAUGAACCUUCAGUUUCGGGGUUCACGUGAGGUUAACACUACCUGGAACAAUGAAGUAACUAAGAGUUUUGAAAUGUCACAAAGCGAUCUAUGUAAAUCAACAUAACAGAAAUGAGAAAUGUUUACAAAAUUUGUUGUUCUGGGUACCUGAAUAGAAAAAGGCCAUGUGGAAGACUAGACGUAGAUGGGAGGAUAAAAUUAAGAAAAAUCUUAAGAAUUUUGGUAUGGACUAAAUUAAAAUUACGCGGGUAGGCUGAUCUGAACACGGUAAUUAUCCUUAUGAAUCCUUCAAUGACGGGAAAUUUCUUGUGGUGAACUACUGUUAUAUUCUUAAGGAGGACUGCUCCAUGUAGUUGUUUGUAUUCCUGAAAUUUAAGUCAGAAAUUGGAAAUAGUUUAAACUUUUAUGUGCGGUUUAAGUGUAUAAGCCAAUUUUGAAAAAGUUACGGAAAAAAAUAAUUGUAAAAAUUGUCAUUACGUGUUUCUGUAAAAAUGCAUAAGAAAAACAUAAGAGAAUCUGUUUGCAGGUAUCAAACGUCUACAUAACCUAUUCUAUAUGUUAGCCUUUAGAUGGAAUUAAAAGUUCCUGCUAAAUAAGCCACGAGUAGAUAGAAAAUACCCUUUUUCUAGACCAAAUAAACGAAGGGACUAUUAAACCGUGCCUUUGGCGAUAGAAACACUGUGUGUUUACACGUAACUGGCUUUAAAGUUUAAUAUAGUAAAUAUAACAUUACGUAUCGUCAUAACCUAAUAAAAAUAAAUAGAAUUCAAUAAAUAUCACGUAUACGAAUUACACCACAAUCUGAAACCUCCACCACUACAACCAUAUUCCUUUCAAGAAUAGUAUAAUUCAACUACUGGGCAUGUAAUAAAUAUAUCGUGCCCUUGUAAUGUUCUAUAUGUGUUGUUUGUGUGUGUGUGUUAGUAGAUGUGAUGUGCAAGUUUGCUUUCUAAUAGAUCGGACGCCAUCCUGACUCACUGCCCACAGGUAGGCCAUUACUAGUGUUCAUAGGCCUAACACAGAAGAAUAAGAUAUGAAAAUAAACGUAAGCAGCUGUGGGAUGUUUUCCACACAAGGGUUGUUGACAUUACUUAGCUACAUCACACAUAUUUGGAUCGAAGCAGACAUAAGUACAGUUACAACUUCAACUGGUAACUGUAUCCUGUGAUAUCUACAGGACAAAAUGAUUCAACAUAUCACCAUAAAAGAUCUACUGAAUAAAAUGGCGUUCAGUUGAAAUCUACUGUCGUCACUAAAACCAUUUUACGGAUUCUCCAGUAUCAAAUCACUUUCGGGUGCCUACGGCUUCUUAAACUGUACAGUAAGCCUCGUUUAUAACAUUUGUUCGCAGUCAUUUCUGAUUGACAGACCAGCAAAAUAGCAACGUAUCUUCCCUUUAAGCCUCGUAAAUAAUUUAAAAAAAUAACUCCAUGGAACGGAAUCCCUCUUGAGAAGCUGAUAGUACGUUCAGCUAGUCAAGAAAUUCCUUGGAUUUCUGGGACCCGAAAGUUCAUUACCGUAAUCACAAGAUCCCGACACUGGGCCCUAUUCUGAGUCGGUUGAGUCUAGUUCAUACCACUGCACCCUAUUUUCUUAAGAUCCGUUUUCAUAUUAUCUUCCCGUCUACGCGUAAAUCUUCAGAGCACUGUCUAGAAAUGCGGUAAUUACUAGCACGUUUUAACAUGUUUAUUAACAAUAUACUAAUGCUUAACAAAUUAGUAAGUCGCUAAAAGGAAAUGAGAAAGCUCUGUGUUUGUAAAAAAAUAAAUUUGUAAUUUGUAGUAAAUAUAUAAUGCAAUAGUAAUUGUAAUAAGUGUAAAUUAAGCCAAAUGCCAGUAGUGGCUUGUUUCGGAUACCAGAAUAAAAUUAUAUGGUGAUUAUAUUAAAGUUUAUUAUAAUUGCCAUAUUAACGGUCCUUAUUAUUGUCCGAUUUAAUCCAAAAUUUAAAUAUUUCUACGAAUUGUAGUAACUCCACAGUAUAAAUUCAAAUGAAAAUCCCACCAGCAGUUUUCCAGUUCUUACAAGCGGACAGACGUAAACGGCUAAGUUAAUAGUAGUCGCAUUUCAGUUGCGAAGGAAGACUUGCCACAACAGAGAAUGGGCUCCAGUCACUAUAAAACGGGAGACAGAAGUGACUUAACAGGCCUCUUUCCGACGAAUUUCUCUUUUUCACAUUUACACGACAAUUUAUGCUCUUAAUAUGUAGCCAUAUCGCAUGCGAAGAGACGAGAUAUCUAUAAUACCCACAAAAUUCUGUUAGAGCAGACAUGGGAAAUUCGCACUUUAAAUACUGAGGUGAGUGGAUAAAAUAAAAAUGGAUCUUAAGAUAAAUAUGACGGUCGGAGGCGCAUGAAAAUGACUCAGAAUCAUCUCCAAGAACUGCUUCUGUUUAUUAUUAUUAUUAUUAUUUAGUGUUCUGUCUGACGACAGGUCCAUUGCUCUGCCCAAAAAGAGUUCGCCAGUUUUCCCUAUUCUCAGCUUCUCGUUUUAAAUCCUGGCUUCUGUUUACUACAACAUUAUUUACUUUGUUUUACAGCGUCUAUAAACAACAUUGUGUAAUUAUUUAAUAUAGGUUUAUAUGUUUGAAUAUGUGUCAGUAGAAUAAAGCUGAAAUCUCAGGGAUCUGCCUUUAAUAUUAUGGAUAUUUUAGAGUAGCCUAAUUUAUGCUGUUCCAUUGUAAAUGGUAAUUUAGGAUGUCACACAACUAGUAGGCUAAAUUUGUUGUGAAUAAAGGUCACCUAAUUAUAGUAGGACAGCGAAAUCUUGGAGGUUACGAUGGUCUGGUCAUGUGGUAGGACGGAGAUACAAAUAAUGCUCUCCGAAAACAUCGUCAUGUCAAAAAAAGAAGGGGAUGAGGCGAUGACAUUAAACUGCGUCUUACAGAUGUUGCCUGCGAGGAUGCAGGGGUAGGAUUGCGUUAACGCUGCUGAAUCUUGGGGAUCUUCUACCACUGUGUCAAAAUAUUUAUCAAAUACUGACACGAAACAUGUAAAAUAAUUGAACAUAUUAAUUUUAGUGUCAUAUUUCUCCUUGAUUCGUCAUUCUGAUAGAAAUUAAUACUGGAACAAUCUUUGUACCUCGGUGCACGCAGAGGUAUUGAACCAGUUGACAAUGGUACACGUGAGUGUUGAGGUCAGUUGCAGGUUGGCUCGCUUUUUAGUGGCCGUCGGAGGGGAGAGGAGGCUCUGAAAAUAGCAGCGUGAGUGUUGGACUCGUCAGUCCCCGUCUUGUCUUUGGUACGUUCGUAGGCACACCGAACCGCUGGCCGGCCGCUCCAAGCGGCAAUCACGCUUUAGUCACUACUUGAAUAGAUUGGCUUAGGAAAAUUACAAGUCGUCUUUAUUUUUACUUCGGCGAUGAAUAUUUUAUUCCGUAAACAUUUCCAUGGAGAACCUGAAAGAAGUUACGGAAAAGUUGGCGGGAAAGUGGGGAAGGGAAUGCAUGGAAAACGAAGUCGGGAAUCGGGUUAUACUGUAAUGGAGGAGCAUCACUAUCGUACCCACAUCUUCCUAAGUCCUACAGGCAGUGGUUGCCAGGGAUACACGGAGUCUGAACCCAUGACCCAACGCAGGCCGUCCGUCACACUCAUGAAGUGGUCUGUGGGCGGAGGUGGUGGUGGUGGUGGAAACAGGCGGAAACAAAGUGGUCGGACAGACAAUACUUCUCUUACGGUUCCUGAAACGCCAACUGGAAGCAGACAAGUGAGCUUCAGUAGCGGGCCCCUCCAGGGCCCCGUCACAUCGCCAUCUGUGGUCCAUCACGAACCUAUUACCCUAGCUACGCUCAACAAGGAUUGCUUCAUCAUCCCUGUGGCUAGUCUGGAUAGGUUUCUUCCUGCAGGAGUUCCGUUGCCUUUGGCAGAAAAGGGUCCAAGUUUCCUAAAUGUUCUGAAGGUAGAUGACCCGAAAUUGUGUGUGUUGUUACACUUAAUGACUCCUAUGGAGUCAAUCGAACCAAUUCUUGAAUCGCCCUUGGUCCAGCCUCUGGCCAAACAAAAGACUACUGCAAGUGAUCUUCUCGCUGAAGUGGAAUCAGCAAAGACAGCUGUGGAAGGAAUGUUACUCUCCAAUAUGGAAAAGAAUGCACAAUUUCCUUUCAUCUCCUAUUAUGUCAUCAAUAGAAGUCAGACCGAUCCAGUGGAUUUUUUCCACAAUCUUCAAGCAGCGUCACUGCGUAAAUUUGACCCUCAUAACUUACGCUACACAGCUGCUCACACCCUAGAUAUAUUCAACGAAGUAGCGACUAUAGCAAGACCACCUCUUGACCCAAGCUCAAAGUGUUGCCAUUCCACAACCACAGGUUACAUUAUUUCUGUAUAUAAAGUCUUUGAGGGAGAUGAUGGGGAAAAAUUUGAGAAGAACUGGCUCUACUGGACAGGAGCUAGAAUGCUGUACCGCUACCUACCCAAAUCAGCAGGCUUGAGGCGCAUCACAUUACAUAAAUCCAUCUCAACUGGUGAUAAGAUGUAUCUCCUUUUAUGUGAAUGUUCAAACUUCUUAGAAAAUCUGUCAGCGGCUGCAUUACUACUGCCUGCACUCAGGGCUCGACUGUGCGGCUACACCGGUCUCUAUAGAACAACUGCAUCCUUUUGAAUGUUCGUCUUUAUUCAUACUUACGCUUGCCACCGAGAGGAAUGAAAAACAUUCACAUUCGAGGAAAAUGGACCAGAACACCAACAGCAUCACCUUCUCGUCUGAGUGGUCUAUAUGAAACAUCUGCUUCUAGGGUGGUGAGGGUUGACUUCCAUACGAAUAAUGUGCUUCUCAACCUCCCAGCACUCAAGCUCUAGUCCAUGCUCAUGAACAACUGUCGCCAAAAAUUAAAACCAUCGUUAAGGGAUGCAGGUUCCAGUCAUCAGAAGAGGCGAAAAAGCCUAUGAUAGUGGCACUUCAGGGAAUCACAUUAAAAAGCCCACAGGGGUGCUUCCAUCAGUGGUAUAGCCAGUGGUUGAAGGAAACUACUUCAAAGGCAGUGUGAGUAAAACCUGCCAUGAUCACAUGAAAACUUAUACAAGAAGUAGUCACAUACUUUUUGACUUUACUAUGUAUAUACCAGUUUGGUUUCUAAUCAUAUAACUUUACACACAUAACUGUGAUUUCAAAUUAUCUUGAAUUUUGAAGUAUUGAAAGCAGUGGCUAGUGCUGUAUAGAAACUUUACACUUUAUUAAAACAUUCUUUAUACAAAUAAUUUACAUCUGCAUGAGACUUUGUACUAUUAUGAAACUCUCAUUACAGCCAAGUCAGUAAGUACACAACAUUCCAACAUGAGCUUGAAGCAAAUUGUAGAACUUAAUGACCUCACAUAUUGUAGUAUGCAGCUGUAAUAAUGAGUAUACAUAGCUGUAAAAAUUCUUCACUGAUGUUCCUGAAGGAAAGCUAAAUAUGUAAUUAAUAUUGUUGAAAGAGGCACAUUAAACAGACAUGAUUAAGUAGGAUUUGAAGAUGUCACAAAUAUGAAGAUGGCUCUCUUCUGGGCAGCAGUUACCUCUGAAACACUGGUAAACUUCUGCCAGACUACAUGGUGCUACAACCCAGAAGACAGCCAUCUUCAAAUACAAUUAAUCUGUCUGCAGUCAAACUGUUUAAUUCUACAAAACUACAAGUGGUGAAGUUCAUUUUCAGAAGACUUUAAAUCUUUCCAGUUUUACCUAUCAUUUGCCUACUGUUACAUCACAGACUUCUCAUCAUCACUUUUCAUCUGUCAUCAGGAGUUAUUCACCAAAAAUAUGCUCAUCCACAGGUGAUUUAAUUCUCCUGCAAACUUGAGUGCCAAUUUAUUAAGUGAAUUGUUAUGAAACUUUUGGCUUGAAUCCAUGUCAUCGCUGUAGCAAUUUUAUUAUACACACUUUUAAACAAACACAUUUCACGAAACUUGGAUAAAACCUUAUAUUGUAACAGUGUUUUCUCAAAUGAGAUCUUAUGAAAGAUGAUUCUUUUCUCUGAUAAUAUAAAUAAAUGUUACAAAAUUUACAACAAAA